CAUAUUCUUGUCUUGAUUAUAAAUGUCUUUUGUCAAACCUCUGGUCUUGGUGCUGUUUUCGAUGCCAGCUGAUGAGAGCCUAAAUAAUUUCGGGUAUUUUUUUUCUUUACCCUGCCUCUCUCUCUCUCUCUUAUCUUUUGUGGGUCUUAUCAAGUGGUUAUCUCUUUUCUGCAAAGACAUAUUACGUUUUGUUUCCUAUCUGUUACGUUGUGUGUGUGUUUUUUUCUUUUUGGUAAUUAUGAUGAGGCUACAUCAAGAGGGAGGACGGGCUCAUGACACGGAUGGAUUCAGAUCUUCAGUGUAAAGCCCUGUAUGGUGCACCCUGCCUCUGUAUUUUCCACACACUGUGAGAUAUACAAGGGAUCCUGGAUGGACCUGGGUGAUAAUAGCUGGUCCAUGGUCAAGCGCGAAGUGUCCAGCAGCAGCCCAGGGUCUCCGGCUGAGCAGAGCUACCUGAACACUGACCGGAGGGACCGGCUAAGAUCAUCGGCGCCGACGCACCUGGACGCGGUGGGAACCCGUCGCGCCGAGGGCAGGCCCCUACACUCCUACGUCCACUUUGGCCAUCCCAACAACGCCCUGACCAAUUCUGACGACGUUACACUCUUCACGGAUUUAGACCAGGGCAACAAACUCAUCAUCUCAGGUGGGCACACCAGGGAGACGCAUAAGGGAGGCUUAAUUGUGGACCCUACCGACAUGUAUCAGACCCUGGCCAUCGCCGCGGCCCAGAGUCAGGCCGGUUAUAACGACACGCCACCGGCCGGUUACAUGCACUCCAACCCUAAUUCUCCAGUUUAUGUGCCGACGUCUCGCGUUGGAACGAUGAUACCGAGUUUGUCGUACCUACAACCCAGCGUGUCAUCGCAGCCGAGCCAUGCUGUCAGCAGUCAUUCGGUCUGGUCACAGUCCGCACCAGAGAGCCCGUCCUACAGCACUGGAAGCCCACAUACCUCCAGCCGUUUCCACUACUCCCCAAGUCCGCCUAUGAAUAACGGCACAUCGAGGGAUACCAGCUAUACGAAUCCUCUGAAUGUAAACAGUCGAGACCAAUACCUGUCACGACAAAUAAGUGGAUCUUACACAAGCCCGUAUUCUCCGUAUGUUGCACCGCAGCUAUCACAGUUACCGGCGGCGUGGCCCGCGGGGCCCUUCGAGAACUCCAUGCUGCAUUCCCUGCAGUCCAGAAGCGCACCGCUGUCUCUCAGGGGACCAAACGGAGGUAAAGCUAUAGCUAUUCAUCACAUCAAAAGUCUUUUUGGACUGUGAACUUCAAA